AUGCUGUCCCAUUUCCGAAUUCAUCGACGCGGCCCGUCCAACCCUUCCUCGCCUGUGCCCGAUCAAUUGAGCCCCCUGGACCAUGCCGAGCAGCCUCACUCGGUCCAGGACAUCUCGAAUCGAACAGACUUCCUCCCAAGGUCCACCAAUGCCGCCAACACCCCUCCCAUUCUCCCCGCCGGUCCUCGAACAGACCCCGACCCCACGCCCAACAGGAAGCCUUCAGAGCAGUCAUUAAAGGACUCCCCGUCCCCUCCUGUCAAAUCACCGCAGUCUACCAGCGAAUCCGGCUUUAUGGGCGGGCUUGCCCUCGAGAAUUACCGUCGCGCCUUCGGGGCGAAGCGUGAAGACUCCUCAGCAGUUGUCCGUCAGGCACCAGCAGGCCAGCAAAACACACGAUCCAAGCCGCUCCCACCGCCUAUAAAUACCAACCUACCUUCCGCCCACCCGCCUCCAGUCCCUAUCAAGGAGCUCAGAUCCCGCUCAUCUUUCGUCGCCCCAACCGAACUGUACAACAAUGCCGGCGCAACGGGCAAGAGGCCAUCUGGCACCAGACUCACCUCCGAGCCUGCCACUCUCGCCGCAUCGCAAUCUGUCUCGGACUCACAAAAGGGCAAGAAAGGGCUGCCGUUUCUGAAGAAUCCCAUGUCCGGCCUCUUGAUGCGCCGCAAAGCUUCACAGAAUGCUCCUGACCUUCGCCCGUUGCCGCUUCCCCAGAAUCCUGCCGAGACAACUUAUGACCCUCGCAUCAGAGGCACAAGAGUCCACGACUUCAGUGCUCCGAGGAAGCGAGUGGUGCCUACCAGAAAACCUACAGUGCCGGGAGCUGAGGUCUGGAGCGGCCCUCAGGGCGCAUCAUCUAAUGUUGCUCCUGACCUUCCAUUACGCAGUCCGACUGGUAAGAGUAGCAGCGCUGUAUCGGAGAAGACUCAGCCAGGGACAUCAGACACGGAGUCGCAAAGACCACAUGAGCUCUCGAAAGAGUCAUCCAAGAAGUCAGCAACUGAGCACAAGCGUGUCUCCUUGGACGACAAACCGCUCCCAGAGGAGCCUGAGCCCUCCUCAAGCGAUGAUGUUGAACCUAAGCGUUCUGCAUCUGGCUCAGGCCCCAGUGCCGCGACUAACAACGGCUCGAUAAGCAAGGCAAAUCCUUCGACCAGGACCAACAAAUCCCGGCAUAUCUCGCUUUCUGAUGGCUCUAUCAAGGAUGGAGUUGCGCUAGCCCUGCCAAAACAUAUGAAGAGUACCUCCUCUCGCUUCAGUUUCGAUAUGAUGGGAGCGGCGAGAGCAGAAAAGGCGCUCGAAGAGCGGCACAGGCAGAAAGAGUUGGAGAGAAAAGCAAACAACAUGGAAUCAGGCCACAGAGACUCGAGAUUCGACGAUUUCGAUGAUGACACAUUCGAUUAUGAUGCUGCCAUGGCCGAGGACGGGUUCGAAGAGGAUAUUCCCAUGGUGGGCGAUGACGACUUCCUCGACGACGACGCAUUUUUCGAGGAGGACGUUCCGGUAGUCGGUGACGAAAUAGUAGAUACUGAGGAUGACCCCGACAACGACCAAGAGAAUUUUGCUGGCUUCGUAUUUCAGAGGUCCAAUCCGCAGUCAUCCUUGGCAAGCCCUGCCGCCGCAGCUCUGCUAGCCACUCCUCGAGACGCAAGCGGCAAGGCAAUCGGAUAUGCCAUGACCAAGGAUACAACACCAGACCCGCAAUCUGCGACAUCACCAUUGGCAAACACGGAGACUCCUGUAGAUCAAGAGGAAGACUUAGCUGGUGCUGACGGUCUCGGCAUUCAGGUAACGUCGGCUCCUCGCAAAACACAAUACGACCCCACCGUCUUCCAGGAAAGACGAUAUCAGCCUGUUGACGAUGGCGCAGACCUUGGAAGUACAGAAGACAAAGAACUGUACUUCGAUGAGGGCUUGUUGGAAGAAUUGCGAAUGGAGGCGGAUGAGAUACAGGCGUCGGCUUUUGACGAGUCUAUCUUUGACAUCAACGACACGGACGAAUUUGGACGUCCAAUACCAGGUGCGUUCGCUCAAGCUCAGGCCUCGAGGGCGGUCCAAGAGCAGGAAGUGAGGAAACGUGAAUCCGAUAUUGCGUCAGCAUCUGGAAUGUCUGGUUCGACAGCCCACACAUCGGUCAGCUUGGGCCUACAGCCCAUGCCGUCGAUGACGGAGAAGGCCAAAGAACUCUCCUCUCAACAGGAUAAUGCCACAGUAACUUCAUCGCAAAUGCCGUCAGAGGGCAACGUCGUCGCUUACCAGGCAGCUCUGGCCGAAGCUGCUCACAAAGCUGCCGCAUCUGGUUGGAAAUUCAAAUGGGAAGAGCAGCUAGAAUCACCUCCAUCUCCGUCUCCAUCUCCACCUCCACCACCGCCGCCAGCUGACCCUGAUGUCACGAUCACAUCGCCCACUACAGGUUCACAACCAAACAGUGGCGGGCAGAUAGUCGACGAUGGUGCCCAGGACGAGUACGACGAUUAUGCCGAAUAUGACGAUGGCUUUGGAGGCGGCUUCGAUGACAAUUUCGACGAUGAAUUCGAAUUUGACGACGACUUUAUUGCGGAAGCAAAUGCAGAAGCACUGGCAUACGAUUCGGAUGGAUUCUACGGCCAGGAAUUUGGCUUCUACUCUGCACCUAUUCCACAAGGUCACCACGGGACGUCAAAAUCCAACGGCAUGUCACUGACAGCUGACAACGUUUACGGUGGUUACUUCGGCCCGUCAGGCAUCGGUCGUACCACCAGCGGUCGUGUGGUUAGCCGCGAGCCGAACCUAACCCCGAUCACAGAACGAUCUGAAUACUCGAAUCGCAACUCGAUCAUGAGCCUCGGGCUCCCAAUGGGGGCCUCGGAAGGGCGAAAUUCCCUUCAGAGCCCCGGUCUGGCACAGCUGGCCAUGAUGACUGACGAUGGCAAGAUGAGCCUUGCAGAACUUCUGCGCUUGCGCAGCAAGGCAUGGGGAGGCAGCCAGGUCAGUCUCAACUCGUCACGGGAAGGAAGUCCGCGGUCAGAACGAGCACCACCUGGUGACAGGUUCGAGGGUACGUCGAGCCCAGCACCAUGGGAAACGGGGAGGCCAAACUCCCACCUAGGUCUUGCUGGCGGCACGCAUGUGAGGAAAAAUUCUGCGUUCUCGCUAUGGAGCAACUCUGAUGCUGCUAGCGGCGCGGGAAGCCCAACAUUGACAAUGGGAUUAUCGUUGCCGAAUAACGCACCACCGCAACCGCUCUUCUCGCCUCCGCCACCUCCUCUACCACAACCCUCCCCUGGGCCACAAUGUCCACCCGUAAUUGAAGAUGAAGAGGAAGCCUCUAGCCCCGGGCUGUCAACCAAGAGCCCAACGGUAGAUCACGCCCAAGCGAAUAAGGACGCAUACGAUGCCAAUGCCAAAAUUGACACUGCCGUCACCUCAGUCGAUGUUGCCGCGCCUCCGCCCCCAGCACCCCUUGAAUCACCCCCACCCCCACCGCCAAACACGACGGUCUCGUCCCCUUCGAAGCGCCUCGGCCAUCGCCACAAGAGCUCCGCCGAGAGCAUCUCGUACUCAAUGGACGAAGAUAGGGAAAGCGGAGAGACGCGGUGGGUGAUGGAGCGGAGGCGGACGGCUGACAGCGGCGAGAUCGAGGUACUCAGGAGGGAAGUUGUCAGUGCUGGAAGCAUAUAG